UCAUGCGUGCCCAAGAAGAAAGCUGGUUCUGCACGCGCAUUGUGCUGCAGUACCUCGGCUGCGCCUACCUGCGCCCGCUCAAGAUGCACUUCACUGUCGAAGGAGAAACAGGCGACGCGUACGUGAUUGAGCGUCCGUUCAAAUGCGGCGGCGGAAUGUGCUGCCCGCUGGAAAUGCGGCUGGACGGCUUGAGUGGCGAGAACGGAGAAGUUAAACGCAUUGGCCGCAUUCGAGAGGACUUCUCGCCGUACAUGAAUCGUUGCUGCUCGGCGUGUUGUCUCGCCACGGCUUACACGGACAUCGAGCGCGCACUACCCGACGGGUCUUACGAGAAGCGCUACUCAAUGCGAGUCAACGUGGCGUGCUGUGGCCGAGUCAACAACUGCUGCGCGCCGUCCUGCUGCCGCAAUGACGCGGUGUACGACAUCUUGGACCCCGAAGGAGCGGUUGUAGCCAACUUGCAGGUGAGCUUUGGCAGUGGGGAGUGCCUCAAAGCGAUCUGCCGCGCUGGUGGGGGAUUCACGAACUACGUGCUCCAGUUUCCACGUGACUCGACCCCACAAGACCGUGCACUGCUGCUCGCUGCGCUCUUCCAGCUGGAUUACUCGAUUUUCGAAAAGAAGUAGACACAACAGUAUAGGAGGAUUGCUUUUGC